AUAUCCACCCAAUCGUAGUACUUGUAUCUCGAUGGUGAGAAGCGAGAUAGAGUGUCUCUUUUUAACCUCAAUGGUGGCUGAUUUACUUCCUGUAAGCUGCGUGGUGUUGGGAAAUUAGCGGAGAAUUUAGUAAAAACAUGACACGGUCCAAGCAGGUUGGUAAUCACAAAAAUGACAAGAAGAAAAAUAUCUCAAAGCUAUGGAAAACCAAACGCAGAGUGAAGGAUAUAGACCAGAUCCACCAUGACAUGCGUCCAGACAAUGCCCGUCGCCUGCUGAACCAGGAAUUGGACUAUGAGUUACCUGGCAAUGCCCAACACUACUGCUUGCACUGCGCUAGAUACUUUGUGGACCUAAAGACGUUAAAGGAACAUUUCAAAACAAAAGUUCACAAGCGCAGGCUCAAGCAGCUGAAAGAAGAGCCAUAUACUCAAGAGGAAGCAGAAAGAGCAGCAGGAAUGGGGUCUUACAUCCCUCCUAAAAAAACUGAAGUCAUGACGCAAGAGGUGCAGAUGGAAUAAUUUCUGAAUUAUACUGGACUCUUGUAUAUGUAUCUUGUCAUGUAUAGAUCCAUCUUUAAGAAACUGGACUUCUGCCAUUAUCCCAACAAUGUCUUGGCGUCUGCACAAUGUUGCCUUCAUGUGUACAUUUCAGACACAGCCACGCUCUGUAUAGGUGUGUUGUUUAACCCACAUGGUACAAAUAUAUUAUAUUCUUGGGAACAUCUUGUGACGAUAACAUUUUUGCUUGGAUUGGUCUGUCUGAUGAAAAUAUUUGCUGCUGCGUAUACUAAUUUGUGUGCUCUUACGGUUAUGUAACAGGAUGACCCACUUUGUAUGUGUAGCUUGAUCAGCCAUCCCUAAAUACAUCCGCCUGUCACUUCCAA